AUGUCCAAGAUAGGCCACAGAAAGUCACUGUCUACCUCGGCGCUUUCUGUCAUUGCCUCCUCGAAUACGGCAGAGGCUGCUCCGCCGCCGUCAAAGCCUCAGAGAGAACGUAGGGGGCGUAGCCAUUUGCCGCCGGGGUCCAACGAAGCGCAACCAGAAUCGGCGAGCCUCAGUGUCUUGCAUGGGCUCACGGGAAUGGUGGAAGAGAGAAGGAGAGAAAGGACAGGGGAUGCUGUGAAGGAGGUCAAGAGGGAGCGGGGCGAGGGAAGUGCAGAAGAGUUGCUUCAUGACCUCAAGUCAUUACGGAGCUCCAGUAAAAGGAGAUUGGCGGCCCUCGAUGGACUGGGAAAGAAUCUUGUUUAUGCUUGCCAGGCCGAAGACGCUAGCGCUCUUGAAGACUUUUUGUCGCUCACGCGCAAGUAUUCUGUGACUAUUGCAGCACAAGCUGACCUGUUUGCAGCCUAUUCGACGCUUCUCAGUCUGCUCAAUAGACAUGCUUCUGCAUUGUCCCUUCGCUCGUCUCACACUUCAUUGCCUGCAGGCGACGACCUCGCAAUAGGUUUGAUACCGGAAUUGCACGCCAUUGUCAGUAUGCUCCAAGGUUUGUGCCUUCUGAGUCAGAAUUGCAAGGAAGCUAUCGGGGACGAAUGUGUUUUGGAGAUGUUCAUUGACAGUCUGCUACUCCUGCGGGCCCAGCCGGCACUCAAGGGAGAUAAGCCGAUAUGUUAUGGCAUUCUGGAGCUACUCUUUUGCAUCCUUGUAGAUUCGCCCAAGAACGCGAGGACGUUUGAGAAACUCAGUGGACUAGAGGCGGUUGUGAGAGUGUUGAAGGGGUCAGGUGUGACAAAGGAUGUUCGAAUGAAGUGUAUAGAGUUUCUCUAUUUCUACCUUCUACCCGAAUCAGAGGCCAACCAACGGCUUAUCGCAUCGUCCAACGCAGACGUCUCCAACGGCUCGCUUUACCCACCCUCCCCUCCUUCCUUGGGCAACAACCGUCACGGUCCGCACUCGAAACCUGGCCAAGCAGAGCUCGACGACGUCAAUGUCGCCUUCGUCCCCAUGACGCCCCGUAAACGGCCCCAACCCAGCCUCGGCUUCCUCACUCCUGCUCAUCGCCAUGUGUCUGGCACGAGCUACUCAUCCAGCUCGACCCCAGCUCUUCCUCCCAUAUCUGGUUCGCCGAUCGCGACGCCUCAGGUCAAGGUCAGCCAGUCAUCUACGGGACUGUCGCGAUUGUUGGACGAGGAUUCCCCUACAGAAAGGAUGACUCCAAGGAGCGCGAGUAUGAAUCGGGGAUCGAGCGACGAAAGCGGGAGAUUAGGUCUGGGAAUGCCCCGGACAGGAAUGUCUCGAAGCAGCAGCACACGACCAAACAUGUCAGGGCUAUCGACCGACCCGUUCAACCUUGCCUCAAGCUCGGAGCGAUCCCAUUCUGGUUCAUCGGGCUCGUCUACCGUCGUGCCAUCCCACGGCAUCCCCCGGUCUCAGACGCAAAUGCUGUCAAGUCGACCUGCGUCUAGGCUCGGGAGAAGCGAGAGUCUGAGACGCGUGAGCCCUAGCCCUGCACCCCGCGAAGGAACUGCCCAAAGGAGUAGGGAUGGCUCUUCCGGUUCGUCUCUCGCUCCUCGCACACCUCGAAUGCGCCACUCCCGAACUCAAUCCCAUCUAUCUGGCCUCUCACCACCACCUCCUGCCAGCAUUCCAGACGUCCCGGUCGUUCCUAGCGCGCACAAACCCGGGCUUUCGAAACCUCGCGCGUUCCCUGCAAACUUGACGAGGGGCUUGCCCCCGAGCAUGUCCACCCCAUCGUUGGCAGGGAUGGCAGCGUCGCCCAAAGUUGUAUUGGGCCCUGCAAAAAGGGUGUCGUCGAUAACGCAAAAGGCUGUUGAGAAAGGGCACAAGGAGGGUGAGAUCAAGUCGGUGGCUGAGAAGAAGGAAAUGCUCGGCAAGUGGUUGGGGAAUGUGGAGCAGCUGGUGCAAGGGGUAGAGAAGGGGAGUUUCUGGGGAUCGGUCGGUAAAGAGAGGGGGGAGUGA